AUGACUGCGGUGAUAUCGGCACGGACGCUGAAGCUUUCGCUCAACGUGCUGAAGAAGCGAGACAACUCGCCCGCGUCAGAAUCGCUCGGCAACAGGACUACGACGCUCAACGCUACAAUAUAUGUCGAUGAUUUUAUUGUGUUUGUGAAUGUUGAAAACGAGACAUGGAAACCGCUGUGCACGGAGUAUAACGCCCAGCACGGCGUAACUGCUCGCGACUUCAAACAAUUCAAGAAGUGCUGGGGAAACCUAAAACAGAAGUGGACGGAAGAAAAGUCACAAGAGAAGCGGAAGAUUUCGAAGACCGGAGGAGGACCAGCCCCUCCCAGCAAGACAACGUCGGUUUUGGUGGGAACUGUUGCAAGUCAUAUGGCCACCAGAAUACGAAAUGACGACGACUCGGACGGAGCAGUGUACCUGCCGCAUGUUCAAAGCGAACCAGUCAUCCGGCUGCUACAGCCGAUGAAUACAGGCUACGGCGUGCCUGUUUUGCAUUACUACGCCAACGAUGCGUCGAGCCAGCCACCCCAGGCUCCUUUUAGUGCUGGUGCAGACUCCACCAGAAAAGACAGUGCGCCACUCGACGCUGCGCAGGUUCCGAUUGCUACUACAAGACCAUCUAGUAGCACAAUGGCGCUAUUGGAAAAGACACUUUCGGAGGAAAACGACAUUCGCGUCAGUUUAAUGCGCGAGGAGCAUGAACUCCGAAUGAGGCUUUUGCAGGAGGGCCACGAUGACAUAUUAAAAAAAAAAGAAAUGGAAAGCAUAAAGUAA